AUGGCGGGAGUCGUGGCUCACAAACUCCUUCCGCUUGUCGCGUCGCGGAUAACCCAGGCUGCUGUCGCCUGCGGCGCCUUUCGCUCAGCCUCCAGUCUCGUACUAUCUCGAAACGCGUCGAGCGAGCGUCCAUCAAAACGUAGCCAAUCUGAAAGCCAGACCAGCGGUUCUCGGAGUCGCCCCAUCGUCACAAGCCCAAACAACUCCGAUACAAACAGCAUCGAUGAUAGCAACUCCUCUGCUAUCGCUACUAUGCAGGCUCCUCCUGCCAGCCCGCAUCAGCUGCUCAUUCAAGAGCUCGCGAUUCGACCGCAGCCGCGUUUACCACUCUCGCCUACGCCUCUGAUUGGAGACCCUCCCGACGCGCUCCCGUUUCAGGAAGACGCGUUCAAUCCGCACCAACGCUUCUGGCUACGCGGCGCCAACACUCCGCCACCGGCAGUAGCAGAUCUUCCCGCUGUUUCUGGAAGCGCCGCCGCCGCAGUUUCUCCGUCGGCCCUUUCCGUCCCGUGCUGGUCGGUGCAUUUUAAGGAAAGCCAACAACAGCAGAUGCAGGCCGACCCGCAGCAGCUUCAGCAGCCUGAGGACGGGCUUUGCGCCGCUGCUUUGACCGAGGGGCAGCACCAGCCGAUGUGGCCGAAAGAAUGGCUCUAUCAGCGUAAGCCGAAGGCCUUCCAGCCGCGUGCGUUGCUCGUCGACGCGAUGGGGACUCUUAUCGAGACAUCGGAGCCGGAGCAUAAGGUGUACGAAGCCGUGGGUCAAAAGUACGGCGUGUCGUUAUCAGCGGAAGAGAUUCUGCCUCGGUAUCGAAUGGCGUACAGUAAACCGUGGCGCGGGGCGCUUCGAUACGAAGGAGAGGCCUUGCCGUUCUGGCAUCACGUUAUAUCGGAGUCAACUGGUUGCUCCAAUCCCAGUUACGCUGAGGAGUUACACGGUUACUACGCAACACAAUCCGCGUGGCGAUUGUCCGACCCCCACGCGCACGAAGCCUUCUCUGCUAUUCGCCAGGCGGGAAUCAAAGUCGCCGUGGUUUCAAACUUCGACUCGCGGCUCCGAUCCGUUCUCCAAUCCCUGGGAUGCUUGAACUGUUUCGAUGCGGUCGCGGUUUCAGCAGAAGUGCGAGCAGAAAAGCCAUCCGGCAAAAUUUUCCACGCAGCGUGUGAUAUGCUCAAUGUCCGGCCAGAGGAAGUCGUCCACGUGGGCGACAGCUGGAAGAACGACAUUGGCGGAGCGAAUGCGGCUGGGUGCGGAGGCGCUUUGCUGUGGAAAAAGGAUGUCAGCUCGUUUGCAGACGUGGCAGCGCGAUUGGGUGUGGAUGUGCCGCGUUCGCUUUCCCGACGAUACUAUCCUUCCUCAGCUUCUAUGCAGCCAGCUAGCUUUCAAGCUGCAAUAGCUUGA